GGCUUGUGUCGCCUCCAAGAUGCGACAACCGCAAACAAGCUUGGUUGCCAGUUUACCGAUAUCUCAUCGACCCAUAUCCCAAUCUCCAACACCCACAAAAUACAACAAACAAACAAACAAAAAACGAAACCAUGGCCCCCAUCGAGCGCAUACACACCGACAAGGCGCCCAAGCCGCUGCCGCAGUUCUCGCAGGCGGUCAGGCACGGCGGCACCGUCUACUGCUCGGGCGGCAUCGGCGUUGACCCGGCCACGGGCCGGCUGGUGGGCGGCACCGUCAAGGACCGCACGCGCCAGGUGCUGCGGAACCUGUCGGCCGUGCUCGAGGCCGCCGGCGGCUCGCUGCGCUCCGUCGUCAAGGUCAACGCCUUCAUCACCACCAUGGACGACUUUGCCGCCAUGAACGAGGCGUAUGAUGAGUUUUUCACGCAUGAACCUAAGCCUUGCCGAACCUGCGUCGCGGUCCAUCAGCUGCCCUUCCUUACCGACGUCGAGAUCGAAUGCAUCGCCAUCGUGGACAAGCCCGAGGCCAAGCUGUAAGGGUAGGGAGAAGCAGGGGCGGUCGUUAGCUGGACAUGGAUUUACAUUUGAUACAGUCCCACAAAAGUAGUCUGGAUAAAAACGCAGUUUCCGACCAAAACUUACAGCGUUCGAAUGCAAAUAAAAUAGCCAAAUAAAAUCGUAAAAAUAAACCAAAAAAUAAAAUUAAUAAUAAAUUACAAAACCUU